CAGAUGUGGUUUGUGCCUUGUAGUGUAUGUGUAGGGGGUAAAGUUUUGUGCAGGGGGCGGGGGGCGCGGCCGGGUAGUCCUGUAGCUGAAGCUCCGGGGCAGACCUGGUGGUUUCAGGGUGUCAGGGCUCAGUUGUGGGGGCGCGCAGCAGCAGAGCGCACGGAAGGACCCGGGAGGCAGCAGGCGCUUGGUGGACUUAAACUUCUGGACAAACGUACCUCACCUGCACAGAAAAAAAAACUAUUACUCCCUCUAUCCCUCUAUUUCUUUCUUUGAGUUCCCUCUCGUUUUGGAGGGGGAUAGCGCGUAAAGAAGCUCCCUGCUCUUUAGGAUGCAGCGCGCACAGGACUGCGUUUCCUCCGCUGGGAUGUUUAUUCUCGGGCUGCUGUAUGUGCUCUGGCCGGCGUUAAGUGGAGUUUGGAGUUUUAACUUUUACGCAGAACAUCCAACGGUUUAUAGGGGACCCGAUGGAAGUUAUUUCGGUUACUCUGUGGACUUCUACCAAGCUACCGCCGACAGCAACACGAUCAGUGUGUUGGUGGGGGCUCCCAAAGCGAACACCUCUCAGCCUGGCAUCAUGGAGGCUGGAGCCGUCUAUUAUUGCCCCUGGCCUGGAAAGCCUGAGAGCUGCAGACAGAUUCCUUUUGACAAUUCCAAUAACAGAAUGAUUAAAGUAAAUGGCACCAGGGAGCCUCUGGAGUUUAAGUCGCACCAGUGGUUUGGAGCCUCGGUCAGGACGCACAAAGGAAAAGUGGUGGCCUGUGCGCCGCUGUAUCAUUGGCGGACGGUGAAGGUGAGCGGGGAGAAGGACCCAGUAGGGACCUGCUAUGUUGCCGUCCAGAACUUCAGCGCCUACGCAGAAUACUCGCCCUGCAGGACCAAUGAUCCAGACCCGGAGGGGCAGGGAUUCUGCCAGGCUGGUUUCAGCGUAGAUUUCACUAAGGAAGGACGGCUGGUGGUGGGAGGACCUGGGAGCUUCUACUGGCAAGGUCAGGUGAUGACAGCAGGGAUAGCAGAGAUAUUGAACGGCUACUCUUUAAAGGCGGUGCUGAGGCAGGUUCCAGGAGAGAAACACACCAGAGCUGCUGAAGACACACACGACGACAGCUACCUCGGUUACUCUGUGGCAGUGGGAGAGUUUACAGGAGACUCAGAACAAGAGCUGAUAGCCGGAGUCCCAAGAGGAGCACAGAACUUUGGAUAUGUGGCGAUGAUCAACUCCACCAAUCUGACCUUCAUCCAGAACUUCACUGGGGAGCAGAUGGCGUCUUAUUUUGGCUAUUCAGUUGCUGUUACUGACUUGAAUGGAGACGGGACAGACGAUGUUCUGGUUGGAGCUCCCCUCUUCAUGGAGAGGGAGAUGGAGAGUAAACCCAGGGAGGUGGGGAGAGUUUACCUUUACCUGCAGCUGGCUCCGCUCACUUUUUCCGAACCUGUCGCUCUCACCGGCACCUACACCUUCGGACGCUUCGGCACAGCUAUAGCACCCGUGGGAGACGUCAACCAGGAUGGAUACAAUGACGUGGCAGUGGGCUGUCCGUUCGGAGGCGACGACCGUGGAGGCAGAGUAUUGAUCUUCAACGGUAACAGAGAUGUAUCAGCACAAGGCCUGAUGCUGAGCCAAGAGCUGCGAGCGGCCUCGAGCCCCGGGAGCAGUUUGCCUGGAUUCGGAUUCACUCUGAGAGGAGGCCAAGACGUGGACAACAAUCAGUAUCCUGAUCUGAUAGUGGGGGCGUUCGGUGCUGGAGAGGUGUCAGUGUACAGGGCUCAAGCUGUGGUAUCUGUGGAAGCUUCAAUGAUCCUGACGCCCAGAAUCCUGAACCCCGAAGACCGACAGUGUCACCUGCCUCAGAUGAACACCAUGGUUACCUGCCUGAAGGUGAAUGUGUGUGCGGCGGUGAGCGGCGUGGGGAUUCCCAGCUCUGUAGACCUGAGAGCCGAGCUGCACCUGGAUUGGCUGAAAGGCAGCAGGGGCGGGGUUAAACGAGUCCUCUUCCUGGACACCCAGCAGCCUCAGCACACCGGACUCCUUAGGCUGGGCCACAACCGUCCACGUGCAUGUCUGAGCUACAUGAUUUAUCUGAAAGAGGACGAUGAGUUCAGGGACAAGCUGACCCCCAUCUCUCUGGCUCUGAACUACAGUCUGGCUCCUCCUCCUCAGGACCAAAACCUCCCACCUGUCCUCAACCACUACAGCAGCACCUUCCUCCAAGAGCAUGCUUAUAUUCUACUGGACUGCGGUGACGACAAUAUUUGCAUCCCCGACCUCCAGCUCUCUGCCAGCAUGGACAGAACCGAGCUGGUGAUCGGAGAUGACAAUCUGGUGAUGUUGACCAUCACCGCGGUGAACCGAGGAGAGGGAGCCUACGAGACGGAGCUCCACGCUCUGAUACCCCCGGAGGCCGACUACAUCGGAGUCCAGCGCAGGGUGGAGUCUCUCUCGGAGCUAAAUUGCGAGUACAAGAUGAUCAAUGAGUCCAGGAUGGUGGUGUGUGACCUCGGGAACCCGAUGGUGGCCGGGACAGAGCUGGCUGUUGGUUUGAGGUUUUCAGUCCAAAGGCUGAAGGAUUCUGGGCCAAAAAUCAGCUUCGAGCUGCAGAUCCACAGCUCCAACAAAGAUAACCCCGACAGCAACCUUGUCAGUCUGAAUUUGUCCAUCGUUGCCCAGGCUCGACUUGAUUUACGUGGGGUGUCUCAUCCCUCUCAGGUGGUGCUGCCAUUCCCAAACUGGGAACCUAAAGAGAAGCCUGUCAAAGAGGACGAAGUCGGACCACAAGUUACACACAUCUAUGAGCUCCAUAACUCCGGUCCCAGCAGUAUUGGGGAGGCUGAGCUUCAGGUCGGCUGGCCGUCUCGUUUCCGUGACGAGAACCUGCUGUAUGCCAUGGAUAUCCAAACUGACGGACCAAUUAGCUGUCGGACAAACACCAGCCUUAACCCGCAUGGCCUUCAGAUCUCCAACGUCCAGGACACACCGGAACUCCUUGGUUUCUUGAGGAACAUCAGCGCUCCUCCUCACCGCCACAAGCGAUCCGUCAGCACCGCCCAGAGUUACAGCAGCAAAACCCUGAAUUGCACCAACAUCUCCUGUCUGAAGAUCAUGUGUGUGGUUGGGCGGCUGGAUCGAGGGCAGAGCGCUGUGGUUAAGAUCCGGUCCAGACUCUGGGCACAUACUUUCCUGCAGAGGCGAAAUGACCCCUACAUUCUAAACUCCACUGUGUCCUUCAUGGUGCUGUCCAUGCCUUAUCGCAUCCAACCCGCCACCCUGCCUCAUCACAAAACCUCGAUGGGGACCCUGGUGUUAUGGGGGACUCCUGAUGUGUCCUUCGCGGUUCCUCUUUGGGUCAUCAUCCUGGCCAUCCUGCUGGGGCUGCUGGUGCUCGCCAUGCUAACGUUAGCCAUGUGGAAGUGUGGCUUCUUCGACCGGGCGAGGCCGCCAGCAGACGAUGACAUCUCCGACCAGGAGCAGCUAACGUCUGAUCAAACAGGAGACGCCUAAAUGACAGCUCCUGAUUGGAGGACUGCGGUUUUGGGAGGGACGUGCACCUUCUGAGUACCUUUAAUCAGAUCUGUGAUCUGUAUUAGCUCCUUGGCUGGAGGCCUAAUGCCCACUUGUUAAUGAAAGUGACUGACAGGACGAGCUGAAGGCAGCAGCGCCACACAGACUGCAACCAAAGAACAGCGUCCAAAGCAGACAGAGCGGGGCCAACACACUUAACAGGCUCAAUCACACACACAUGUCCGUUGUUUAUCCGUUGUGAUGAAGCACCAGAAGUGAAGACAGAACUUUGUUGUGAAGACAAUGCUUUAAAUGUUUUUGUGUGUCUUUGUUCGUGAGGCACAAAGAGACUUGAGAUCAAUGCACAAGUGCUUUUGUGUGAGUGUGUGUGUGCAGGUACUGUAUAUAUGUAUGUGUUUAUUUCGGUGCCACUUGUGUCGCCCUUCAUGCAGUUAUAGAAUUAUUUCACCACCACCAGGUUUAAUUUAUCCCACUGAGCUGUAUAUCAUUCACACACACACACACACACACACACACACACACACACACACACACACACACACACAUGGGUUGCAGCCACGCGCUUAAACAAAAAGGCACAAAGUGUAGUGAAGUGUAUAUUUAUGAAUGUAUGUGCAAUACUGGGGCAUUGCGUGAUACUGAGGCUUGUUUACACUGGCAUUAUUUUAUUGGGGCUUAAUGUUUUCAUUGUUUGUGUAUAUAUGUGAGUGACUAAUUAGUAUAUUAGGCAUUAAUAUUUGCAAGCAACAAAGCAUUUCUGUCCACUGAUUUAAGGCACCACAUAGCAUUUAAAAACGUGAGGAGACAAAUAACAAGUAAAUUAUUAUUGUCUUAUAGUGACUAUAGAGUUUUAUCUGUGUGGAAACAGACCGUAACUUCACAGCUCUGCCCCGCUAGGUAAAGCUUUGCAUGGAUGUCUUUUCCAACACUGAUAAGGCUUCAGAAAGUAGCUGCAAAGAUAAUCAGUCCAUCACUUUGUAGACAGUCUGAGACUGUGUACAUUACUGCACAUACUGUAUGGCAUUUAACAGUGAGAUUCAUGUUUGUCUGUUGUUUAUCUGUUAUGGAUGCAUCACACAGGCAGGCAGAACAAAGCGGUCAAAGCAUCAGCAGUACCCUGAGUUUAAAACUAAAUCUUACUGUGUUAUGUUGGAGUCGUUUCUUUCGGUUUUGUAUCAUGAGUGAAGUUUUAUCGGAAUAAAGUGCUGUUUGACUAAUGA